UUUUCUUUCUACAUUUUUUGCAUUAUUUUAAAAAAUACCUGUUAAAUUACUUUAAUUUAUUAAAUAGAUGAAGAAAACAAGGAAUGAUGUUGUUAAGGCUGCGAUUACUUCCUACUUAGAGAGACGAAAUUAUCCUGACAUUGAUGUUUUUAAUAACAUGAAUUCAACAAGCCGAAGUGCUGAAGAGAUGGCAGUAGCAACUAUAGUUCAAUGUGAAGCUAGUCGGGCGAAUUCUAUUCUUUUUUCGUGUAUAAAUAAUGAUCCAGGACACUAUGACACUCAAUAUACAAGGCUUGUAAGUUUUAUAAAAGAUAUUAAAAUAGACAAAGUGAAAAAUGAGUUGCUAGGACUUUUGACUCCACUUCUAUGUCAUUUAUAUUUGGAGAUGCUACGAGGUGGGCACGGAGGAGCAGCUCAAAUGUUUCUGAAGAGACAUUCUGCAACUUUACCACAAAAGGAUUUAUCCUACCACCAGCCAAUUGAUGGAAACUUACCAUCAGCAUUAUACCGCCCAAACAGUCUUGAACAGCUAUUCAAUUCACUACAGAAUGGUACAAUAGACAAUGAAACUCCAGAAAAAGACUACAUGAAUCAAUUGUUAGAUGAUAUAGGAACAAUUUACACUCUACAAGAAGUUGAAUCUCGACCAUCCAUUGCAGCAUUUAGGUCCAGUAAAUAUGACAUAUACUUAUCUCAAGAUGCUCUCAAUAUGUUAAAAGCUUAUUUGGCCAGGCAUGGUCAUGUCCUCCUUAUACAAGUCCUGCAAACAUGGUUCCACAUUGACUUGAAUAAUGACAGUAAAAAGUCAUCAGAAGAUGAAGAAGAGCCAAUAGAAGAUAAUGGUUGUGACAUCAAACUAGAAAAUUGUUAUGACAAAACGAAUGAGAGAAAUGAUGUUUUUGCAAAGUGCAAUGGUCAUGUAGAAUACCAAUCAGUGGACAAAGAAAUGGCAGACCUGCAGGAAGCAAUCAAAGGUGUUAGAGAUUCUCUGCCACCUUUAAAAUUAUACAAAGUAGCUGCACCAGAUUCAUACCUCGUUUCUGCAAAGACUGAUCAAUACUGUAAUUUGUUAUGUGGAGGAUUCCAAAACUCAGAAAUUCGCUUGUGGGAUCUUGGACAAAAUAAUGUAAAAAGAAAAAUAAACAAGAAUAUUUCUGAAUUUGAGCUCACCUGCUGUGUGCCUCCUGAACCAGAAGUACUUCUCGAUGAUUCUUUACAAAUUGGUACAGGUAUACCUUUGAGAGGUCAUUCUGGUCCUGUACAAGCAGUGAACAUUCUCCCAAGGGAAGAAAUUGUUUUGUCCGCAUCACAUGAUAAUACAAUGAGGGCUUGGAAAUUAACAGAUUAUUCUUGUGUUUCUAUAUACAGAGGACACAAUUAUCCAAUCUGGUGUAUGGAUGUAUCCAAAAGCGGACUGUUUAUUGUGACUGGGUCACAUGACAAGACGGCCAAGCUUUGGUCUUUAGACAGGACAUUUGCUGUAAGAGUAUUUGUGGGACAUACCUCAGACGUAACUUGUGUGAAGUUUCACCCGAAUGAGGCGUACCUGGCAACGGGGUCUGCGGACCGCUCGGUGCGUCUGUGGAGCGUGUGCGACGCGCGGCUCGUACGCGUUCUCUCUGCGGCGCCGCACCGCACGCCCGUGCGCGCGCUGGCUUUCUCGCCGCACGGCAAGCACCUCGCUAGUGCAGGUGAUGAUAAGAAAAUUAAAGUAUGGGAUUUAGCUGCUUGUACGUGUAUACAAGAAUUCCGUGGUCACCAUGGAAAAUUAACGUCAUUGGAUUGGUCCGCCGUGGGAAAACCAAGUUUAACUAGUAAGCUCUCAGCCGAUCCAAAUAAUCCAUCAACAGACAACGCAAUUUUAUGCUCAGCUGGUAUGGAUGGCAUUGUCAAAGUUUUUUGGGAUAAUCAAACCAAGAAUAGGCAAGGAUCAAAUCAAGAGGGUACAUCAACCACAUACAACACGAAAUGCUCCUACUUAGUAGAUGUCCAAGUACAUCCAGACUGGCUGGUUGCUAUUGGAACCAAAAGAUAAUUUGUAAAUAUGUAUGAUUUGAAUAAACUAAUUUAAGAUUAAAA